AUGAACGCCAGGGAUCUACUGGGCUAUAUCGAUAUCCAUCACGACAUGCGCAACAUCCCCUCUACAGUAUUGGUCUAUGACUUCCAUAGCAAGAGAUGUGACCCUGAAUCUCGCAUCUCUAUUGUGGCCAAGGAAUGGCAUGCUUCGUUUAUUGAUGGCAGUACGGCUGUUCCGGGGCGUUACGAUUGGCCCAUAGCUCGGUUCACCUUCCAAGCAGGGCAAGGAGAGGUGAUGGACGGCGCAUAUAUUCUAAAGGUGGCAGCAGUGAAGCUCCUGGGCUGCCGACUACCCCGAGAAUGGCCGCCGGCGUCAUAUGCCCUGAAUAGACCUCUGAAUAUCCCGGAGAAUGCUAAUUUUGCUCUUAGUAUCAAGAAUUAUAGCAUUAUGCCGAGCAAGCGAGAUGAUGUCUACAUCAAUGCCCUGAUGGGUCUGGUUCUCACCUCGAGACGCGGAUGA